UGGCUCGGACUGACUCGGGAUUCUUUACUAACUCUGCCACGUACGACUGACUCCUGAGACUCCACUUUCAAGUUCACCCUCUCACACACACCAGCUCUGUUCCUUAGCUAACCAUGGCACACAGCGAAACUUUAUCAUCAGCCUCCCUCCUUGGUAUGCUGUCGCCUAAAGGUGUUUACCUUCUAGGCUAUGGCUGGCUCUACGGGAUGUCUGUGUGGGUGUCAUUCUUUGGAGGAAUAAUUGCUUUGCGGGCCUUGCCUAGACACCAGUUCGGCGCUCUUCAGCACAAGACUUUCCCAGUCUACUUUUCUUCCUCGAUUGUACUCUCCUCGGCUUUGUUGGGGCUUUGGGCAUAUGCUCAUCCUGGACUUCUUGCCAACGUCACCAGUCCUACUAGGGCUGAUGUUGCACAGGCAUAUGUGCUCGGAAGUGUCAUAGUGCUACAGGGGUGCAACCAAUUGGUUGUCGGGCCGAUGACUAGUAGCACUAUGUUCCAGCGACACAAGCUGGAGAAAGAAGAAGGCAAAAACUACAAUGAUCCCGGAGUUUCCGACCAAAUGAAGGCCUUGAGUGCGAAGUUUGGAAUGUUACAUGGCAUCAGCUCGCUGGCCAACUUGGGCGCCGUCAUUGCCUUGACCUUUCACGGCUUGUGGAUUGGAAGCUACGGGUUGUGAAGUACUCUCCGUAAAUCAUAAAUCAGUCCGAGGAGCAGCCGUGUGGCUCUAAACAGCCAAAGUAGAUAUUACGCAAAAAUACAGUUCUAAGCAGUACAGUCAUGCACCUACAGACUCCAUGGAUGGCAUGUAUCCCUCUCUCAAACUUCUCUCCAGCCUCCUGAUUUCCUCGAUGGAGGUUGCCUUUGCGAUGGCCAGUUUGACCUUCUCGGCGUCUUCUUUUGACAUCAGCCGACCUGCCUUCCCUGACAGCGCCGCUGGCUUGGGCUCGUCAAGAGUGACGGCCGCUUUUGAACCCUGCUUCGAUACAGUUGUGGAUAUCGUCGUUGCAAGGGCAGUAGGUAAGCCUUCUGCCGUGAGGAACAAAGACUUUCCCGCCUCCCGCUCCUGAA